AUGUCUGAUAAAAACAAAGUACUAUUUCUUCAAUCGGCACCACCAAAAUUUGAAGAGAUACAAAAGACUAUUUUCAAUGAUGGUGCUGUGGAUUUCAUAUGGAGAAUUCACAAGACGUUCGAGAAGCAAAUUGAACAACUUUAUAAGCAUAGGCUGCAACGCACUGUGAUAACGCAAACACUUUCGACUUUGGACUUCAAAAAAUCUCCAGAAAGAAAUGACAAGUCCUGGACUAUCGCUCCCCUACCGCCUAGAUUACAAAAUCGCCACUUAGACCUUGGUGAUGUCUCAGCUUCAAACACGGCUCAUUUUGUUUCCUCUCUAAAUGAAGAUGUGCAAGGCAUUCAAGUUGACUUUGAUGAUGGGCACUGCCCUACAUGGAAGAAUCAGUUACAGGCCUACCAAAACAUUAAGUUAGCUGUCUUAGGGAAGCUUCUCGGAGCACCUGUAACUAUCACUACCAGUCCCAUAUUGAUGUUAAGACCGAGGGCUUGGAACAUGAUAGAACAUAAUAUUUUGAUUGAAGGUAAAGAAGCAAUUGGUCCCUUGGUUGAUUUUGCAGUUUUGAUGUAUCACAAUGGAAAACUACUUUAUGAAGCUAACAGUGGGCCUUACUUUUACUUAUCCAAAUUAGAGGGUGCUACGGAAGCAUCAUUGUGGAAUGAAAUCUUUGUUUGGGCUCAAAAUGAACUUGGUCUGCCACUGGGCACAAUAAAAGCAUGUGUUUUAAUUGAGAACAUAGUGUCUAGUUUUGAACUAGAAGAAAUUUUAUAUGCAUUAAAAAACCAUUCACUAGGUCUUAACUGUGGCAUAUGGGAUUACUGUGCUUCUAUAAUAUCCAAGUUUGGGGAUCGUGAGGAGUUCUUGCUACCAGAUCGUAAUAAGUAUGUGAAUAUGGAUCGCCACUUCCUGAACAGUUACAUGAAGCUUGUCGUGGGUACAUGUCACGCUAGAGGCGCACCAGCCACCGGCGGUAUGGCGGCCGCCAUGCUGAAACCUGGCUCCGAUGCUAAUGACAAAGAAUCUAAAGUUAUAAUAACAAAGAUACUGGCUGCAAAACUGAAGGAGAUAGAAUGUGGUGUUGAUGGAUUCAUGGUCUAUGAUGCAAGAGUAGUUCCUCAAAUUAACGAGCUCUGGAAGAAAAGCGGUGCCACACCAAACCAGAUAUGUAAAAAAUUUGAAGUGAAUGUAACAGCUCAGGAUCUACUGUCUAUACCACGAGACGGUGUGACGUUGCAAGGCCUGAAGCACAACGUGGCUAUCUCCAUACUCUUCAUCUACUACUGGUUAGCCGGCAUCGGACAUUUCUUCUACAGCGGCAAUGUGGAAGAUUCUGCUACUGCAGAAAUAUCCAGAUUCCAAAUCUGGCAAUGGAUACGUUUCUCUCCUCCAUUAGAAGAUGAUCCUAAGGUGCAUGUAACUGCGAAGUUAGUUGAGAAGACUGCGGCGAGUUUUGCUGCGCAUGCGCAUAAGAACCUUUGCCGGUCGAAUGCUGAGCGCAAACGCUUGACCGCUGCUAGAUACAUGUGUAUGGAACUGUUCCUAAGUAGGAAUCCUCCAGAAUUUAUAACAAGUUAUUUAAAUGAUAAUCAUAAAUUCAGAACAUUGCACAACAAGGCGCUUUUGAGCAAUUUGUGA